AUGCCAAAAAAAGACACGUGUAUCGUGUUCGGUAUGUUGGAGAAAUGGGAGUCCCUUACGACCAGAGUCGAGGAAACACAAAUGGCGAGCGCGCUUCAUCGCGAAUUGACAGCUUUGCAAACGGAAUUCAAAGCAGCACACGACAGGCUCUUCUCUUAUGAAAUCGCAUUGGAACAGCCGCACGUGUUGGAUGAGCGCAUCAAUCGUAUCACGACCGAACUGGCUGCGUUGAGGGAUCGCAAGGCGGCGAUGCUGGCUCUGAACGUCUCCACGCACAGACUGAUCACCGAUCUCGGUAAUUCGGUCUCCUUGAUCUUCACGGCUCUCAAAGACGGCGUGGCGGAUCUCUAUCGUGUUUGGGACGAAACCUUCGAAAAGGGAAAUCAACAAUUGUGCGCCCUGCAAGCAGUCCAGCAGUUUAGUAUACGUUUGGCGGAGCUUCAGUGCGCAUUGCGAAGGGAUAAAGACACCCUUGCCGUUUCGGACGUUGCUCUGCAAGCAGGGGCCACGUAG